AUGGCUACAUACGGCACGUUUGGUGGGGACGCGGAACGGCAUCCCGUGCCUAGGUCUGAGGCGCCAUGGGACAAGCUAAAGGCUGAGUCGUAUUCUCUAUUCCUCAAGCUGAGCGAGUUGCCAAAGGGGACGUAUGAUGAGUUUGAAGCUUCGUGGGCGGAUGAAAAAGAGAAUGGUGCGUUCAAGGGUGGGUUGGGUGCGGUGAUUGUGGUGAGGUACACUGAGACGCCCGUUGGCCCAUACGACGAAAUCAUCUUCGUCCCCGGCAACUUCACCACGCCCCUCCUCCCCCCGACCCCUUCCUCCAUCCCCGCCAAAGCCCUGCGCAUAUCCCGCAUCUACGUCUCCCAACGCACCACAACCUACAACGGGCGCCUCAACUGGAACAUCCCCAAGCACCUCGCCCGCUUCACCUUCUCCUCGCCCCCGACCGCCGCCGGCGCCUCACCCCCCGCCUCGCUCACGGUAAAAGUGUACCCCCCAUCCUCCCAGGCCGGCGACUCCACCCCUCCCUUCUUCGCCUGCACCCUCACCCCCUGGACUUGGAUCCCCGCCCUACCCGUCAACACGGCCUACAUCCCCCUCAACCUCACCGUCGUCCAACCCCCCAUCCCCGAACCACCGGGCCACAAGGAGGCCCUGAAGAAAGCUCUCGACGCCGAGCACGUCCAUCCGUAUGAUACCGAUCCCCAGAAAGCACUCGCCGUCCUGCCCGGCACCGACAGGUGGACGGCGUUUGACAUUAGCGCGAGGAGUCCAAGGGCGAGGGGGUGCUGGGUCAGGCUGAAUGAAUCAGAGCAGCAUGCCGAGGCAGAGGGUAAGGUGUUUUUUCCAGACCGGUUGCCUGUUUGGAGCGUGGGUGCGUGGAUGGAGGAUGUUGAGUGGGGGAUUGGUGCGGUUACCGAGUGGGGGGAUGGGUUGACAAGAGGUGGAAAUUGA